GUGAAGGCCACCCUGUCCAAUCAUCGGUCUCUAUUUUGUGAAGAAAGUAUUUUGAACCGAAAAGCGCCUGUUUUCGAUCAAGUAGCUACUUUCACCAUCUAUCAACAUCAAGAAAACGUACUUUUAUAUGCAAUAUGGACGAGCUUUUAAAAAACCGACUGUCUGAAAAUAGCGCUAGCUAUAAAAUGUCACUGGGACGAAUCAUAGACAAGUAUUCUAAGCUUCAAUACCAAGAUGGGGGGAUGGAGGUGGACCUCAACAGUACAACAACCCAAACACUUGAACAAUACAUGGCGCUGUCAAAAGUAGAGCUGAACAAGAUGGAAUCAAAGAGCCUGGCAUAUUUGAGAGAGGAGUCAAUACGAUCCCAGGACGUUACAAGGGACACUCAGUUGGACUUCACGUAUCAAGACAGCGGAGCUGAUGAGACUUGUUCUUCCAAUUCCACUACCCAAAUGUCUGUGGACGAUGACGUGAUGGCUAGCAAUGACACGACUCACCUGACUGUGAGCUCACUGGAUGAGAGUCAGAGAAACAUUUCUGAGACGGAGGUCCAGCCUGAGGACCAGGAUGAGGAGCUGGAAAUUAGUCUGAGAAGUCAUGGCGGUUCUUUGGUGGAGCUCUACCCCAGCAUGAUCAGUCGAAUAGGGAUGGCCUGGCGUCGGCAGCACGUCUCUGAGGCCGCUGACUCUGUGCUGAGGAGGUACCGCAGAUGGCGAAAGCUCUCAAACAGAAGCAAUAUCAGCAGCACCUUCAAUGACACGCUGAGACACACCAACAGAAACCCAAAAAACAUCCCCAGCCAGACGCUGCUCAAGGAGAACACCAACAGCCCUGUGAAAAGGCAGUUCAUGGGGAUUGAAACUACUCGGUCUCCCUUGCAGAUGGUAAACAAUAUGCAGGAUUGGCAAGCACAGCAGCAGUCUCCUGGGAGGGUGAGAAGAGAGCAGCACCAGCCUGUCCUCGUGAUGGACUUCUCUGCUCUUUCUGAGACCUCUAUGCCAAAAGAGAACUUGCUGAACGAGACCUUCACUGUGUCUGAAGCAUCCCGGCUGGUAGAACAGCCCUCCACUUACACGUUCAGUCCUUCUCGACCUUGCUAUCCAGCUGCAAAAGUGUCCUUGGACCCGUCUCUCAAGUCUAAAAGGCUUUCUCUCACUGCACACUCGCUGCAGACUGAUGGCUGCUCCAUGUAUGCAUCGGAAAGCCCCUCUGUUAAAGAGAGAACGGUCAUCUACGGCUCUCCAGUCAGGAAGAGUCCCUUACAAGCGAGGGUGAUGACCAGUCUCAGUAGAUCACCUCAUGCCUUUUCCAGAAGCCCCAAAGCACAUUCUGUGGAAAGGCUCAGAUUAAUGUCCACCCCUCCACAAAAGCCAACUGUGCCACUAAGGAUGCUUAACCCUCAAGACUCCCAUCACUCCCUCCACCCACCGCUGCGUUCACCUCAGUCAGCGACGGCAGCAGAAAGUCGUCACAGGCUCCGCCGGCACCUUUCCUUUGACUCCUCCCUGCCAUCAUUCCAUGUCCCUUACUCCCCAAAGAAGCUUGACGAGGACUUUCUGAAGCUCUACCACAAGUUUGUCUGCCAGAACAAAUCAUCUUUCUUUAAAGGGCUUUCCUGCCGCCUCUGUGCGAGAAGCUCCGAGGCCAGCAGAGGCCCCUCUUCCUCAGCUCUGGCAGCACUCGCCUUGUCGCCCCACCGCUCCGUCCUGAGGAAACGCCACAGGGAGUUAAACUGGGACAGCCACCCCCAGUCCAAACGCUCCAGGGACGAGUAUUGCCCAUCCUCCCCUGGGUCCAAGCGCCACGGGAAGGAGCUGCUGAGGCACUGUCUCAUUCCGUAUGAAUAUGGGCAGUCUCACGAUGGCCUUUCCUAUAGCUCCUCUGGGCCCAGCGUGUUUCAAAGAUUCAACACCCAGCAUCGCUCAGCAGAUGCAAAUCAGGAGACCUGGAUGAGUCGGCGCCACCAUGUGUCUGCAGCCGAUUUUUCUGGCAUGGGAAGUGCCUUUGAAAGCAGAAUGGCCAAUGGCUCCUCCACCAGAAAAUGAUGGUGAACAGGAAUUGCAGCGGCCUGCCAACAAGAAGGAAAACUAUUGUCAUGUAACAAACGUCAGUGUGAAAGUAUUGUGUGGCAGUGUGACGUUUCUGAUGCAUAUAAUAGUGAAAAUCAGUAGACGACACAUGAUAACCAACAGUUAUGUGCGAGUGUGAGCUCAGGAAAAUGUAUCACUAAACUGCAACUGUUGAAUAUGAAAUCUCUAACUGGUCACCGUCAUAGGCUCAUUUGCUUUCCAUCCAAGUUCACGUUUGGAUGUUUUUAUGAGUACUGUCGAAACCAUUUAUUUUAUUGAGUGAUUAUUUUUGAUUGUUCUCUAGUUAAACUUUUAAUUUUUUUGUGCUAUGAUUAGCUGAGGUAAUGCAGCCAUGUUUUGUCUUGUUAUACAUCUGUUCAUUAUUACAAUAAAUUGUCGAUGUCAAAAUGAACAAAAGAAAAGAAA